AUGGUGCAAUAUGCUGACACUUGUGGUGUCACGGUGUCAAUGAGGUGGAGAGACGAUGUAACUCAUGUCAUAGCAUCCACUGAUGCUAAUGGUGGAUGUGGUCGAACAAUCACAAUAUUGAAGCUGCCAAAACUGUUCAACAGUUACACUUUUAUUUUUGCAGGAGAUUUCUUCCCGGCUUACAAACAUGAUCUGAUAGGGUUUGUAAUUACUAGAGGAGGUAUCACUAAAGAAAUAGAGAAUCCAUUUGUUGAGCCCGAAGACGACAAAACUAUAGUAGUAUACGAUGAGACGAGUUACGUUAUUAAUGAAGUUAUUUGGGUAUUUAAGGCAAUGGAUCCUGUGUCAUGGGAGAAAACUAUGAUCGAGAUAAAUGAUGAUGAAUGUGAUGGUGCCUUGCGAAUUAAGAAUGUGAAUGUUGAUGGGGAGAAAGAUAAAAAAGAAGGUAAAGAUGAUGAAGUUGAGGAAGAAGGUAAAAAUGUGGAAGAUGGUAAAGAUGAUGAAGUUGAGGAAGAUAAGGGGAAUUUUGAAAGGAAAAAGAGAAAGAAAGUUUCCAAAGCUCAUACCGAAUUCAUUGAAGUGAUUGGAAAUGAUGGACAUUUUAAGUACCAAUCCUAUCAAAUCCAAGUUGAGAUGAAUCCUUUGUCAGAUGGUAAAUAUGAUCAUAUGAAGCAAAGAGAGGCCAUUGCCCAUUGGAUUUUAAUGAAUGAGCAACCGUUUAAUGUUGUAGAAAGUUUUGGUUUUACUUUCAUGUUGAGUAUCAACCAACCACUAUUUGAAAAGAUUUCUUGUGCCACGACAAAGAAAGAUGUCAUUAAUGUAUAUGACAUAGAGAAGAAAAAAUUACAAUUGGCAUUGAGAGACAUCAAUAAGAUUUCCUUAACCACUGACAUUUGGAAGUCAAAGGUGCAAAAGAUUUCUUAUAUGUGUGUCACUAGUCACUUUGUUGAUUCAAAUUGGAACCUUCACAAACGACUUCUUAGCUUCAUACCUCUACCUCCUCCACAUGCUGGUCAUGAUAUCUUUAAUGGGCUUAUGAAGUGUACAAAAGAUUGGAGGAUAGAGCAUAAAGUCUUCACUAUCUCUGUGGACAAUGCCUCGAACAACGAUUCAGCAAUUCGAAUUGCUAAAGAAACAUUAUCUAAGAGUCGUAAGUUUCCAUUGGAAGGUAAGUUGUUUCAUGUUCGGUGUACUGCACAUAUAUUGAACCUUGUUGUUCAAGAUGGUCUUUCUGAGAUUCAAAAUAUUAUUGAUGAUGUCAAAAAGAGUGUGCAAUUUAUUAACCAAUCAGAGUCUAGGUUGAGAAAAUUCUCAGAUGUUGUGCAUCAUUUAAGAAUCCAAGUAAAAAAAUUGAUCAUUGAUUGUCCAACUCAUUGGAAUUCUACAUAUGAGAUGUUAGUUGAGGCAUAUAGAGUUAAGGAUGCAUUUCCUAUAUUUAAAGAGUGUGAACUUUUUUAUCGUCAUUGUCCUAGCCCUGAUGAUUGGAAAAAAGUGAAGGAUGUUAUUGAUAUUUUAGAGGUUUUUUAUGAAGCGACUCAUAUAAUUUCUGGAGUUGAUUAUCCUACUUCAAAUGUUUAUCUUGCUGUUAUUUGGAGAGUCAAGCAUGUAUUGAAUGAAAAAGAAAAUCAUGUUGAUGAGUUUAUUCGAAUGAUGAUAAAAAAGAUGAAGGAGAAAUUUGACAAAUAUUGGGGAGAAUGCAAUCUUUUGAUGGCAAUUGGAGCGAUACUAGACCCUAGGUUCAAAAUGAGGUUGGUUGAUUUUUCUUUCGGUAACAUAUAUAGUAAGGUUGAAGCACUUACAAAUGUGAUGAGGGUUCGAGAAGCAUUAUACAACUUGUUCUUUGAGUAUGUUGAAGUGGAUCAAUCAAGAUCCCGAAAGUCUACUACUUUAGUACAAUGUUCUUCUACGUGUGCGAACUCCACGUCUAAAGAAAAAUUUGUGCCUUCUGGUUUGUCUAUGUUUGAUCGGUAUUUGGAUACUGUUGAGGUUCAUGAUCCUCUGAAGUCGGAUUUGGAUAUUUACUUGGAGGAAGGAUUUUUUAGAACUCAAGACGAGGAUACAAGUGUACAGUUUGAUGCCUUGGCUUGGUGGAAAUCUAUGAAAUUAAAGUUUAAAAUUCUAUCCAAGUUAGCUCGUGAUGUUCUAGCUAUCCCUAUUAGUACAGUGGCAUCAGAGGCUACAUUUAGUGCAGGAACGCGAGUAUUGGAUCCUUAUCGAUCAAGGUUAACAUCUGAUAUGGUAUAA